UAUUGAAAAUAAUAGAAGCGAAACUUUUCAGUUUAGUUCGCGAAUUACUCCCUCUUUGGAUGGACGGUUUUUUAAUUCAAACAAGACGUUAAAUAAAUUAUAGUUAUAUAUAAUAUUUAAAAAAGAAAAACAUUAAAUCUAAUGCUAAAGUGAAACGGAACUAGCUAAAUAUUUUAUUUUCUAUUUAAAUUCAAAUUUAAUGAAAAAAGAAGUGUAACUGACUUAAUAAGACAACAACAACAAAUAAAAAAAUAUUCAAAAUGCCAUCAGAAAAAUCAAUUUACAAUCCGAACUCCUUGAUCAGCCGCAAUGCAUACAUUAAGUCCAUGGAUGAAUAUCGGAAAUUCUAUGAAGAAUCUUUGGACAAUCCAGAAGAAUUCUGGUCCCGUGUGGCCAAACAAUUCCAUUGGGAAACUCAAUAUGAUGCGAAAAAAUUCCUGCAGUUUAAUUUCAAUAUAUCCAAAGGACCUAUUUUCAUAAAAUGGAUGGAAGGUGCUUCAACGAAUAUUUGCUACAAUUUAUUGGAUAGAAAUGUACGCAACGGAUUAGGGGAAACUAUUGCAUAUUAUUGGGAAGGCAACCAUCCCGAUGACUACUCACGCGGUCUCACCUACCGCAAGCUACUCGAAGAGGUAUGCCGUUUUGCGAAUGUCUUAAAAGAUCAUGGCGUCAAAAAGGGCGAUCGUGUAUCGAUUUACAUGCCAAUGAUCUUGGAACUUCCAAUUGCGAUGUUGGCAUGUGCCCGUAUCGGAGCUGUACAUUCCAUAGUAUUUGCUGGAUUUUCAUCGGAUUCCUUAGCCGAAAGAAUGUUCGAUUGUAAGGCUAAAAUUUUAUUAACAGCCGAUGGAGCCUGGCGUGGUGAAAAGCCACUCUACCUGAAAGCUAUCUGUGAUAUUGCAUUGGAGAAGGUCGAAGAGAUGGGCCAUAGUGUUGAAAAAUGUAUUGUGGUGUCGCAUUUGAAACGGGUUACUCCGUGUAAGGAGAAUUACAAAGAGGAGGACAUUCCAUGGACGGAUGAUCGAGAUUAUUGGUGGCAUGAGGAGAUGGAAGACAAAGAGCCAGCUUGCUAUCCUGAAUGGAUGGGUGCUGAAGAUCCAUUGUUUAUGUUGUACACAAGUGGAUCGACAGGAAAGCCAAAGGGUGUUUUACAUACAACAGCUGGGUAUUUGCUUUAUGCUGCGACUACCUUUAAAAUUGUAUUUGAUUAUAAGCCUGGUGAUGUCUUUUGGUGUACAGCUGAUAUUGGCUGGAUUACUGGUCACACUUAUGUUGUUUAUGGACCUUUGGCAAAUGGUGCUUCUUCAGUUUUGUUUGAAGGAACCCCUUUCUAUCCUGAAAAUGACCGUUUCUGGGAGGUUAUUGACAAAUAUAAGGUCUCACAGUUCUAUACAGCACCAACGGCUAUUCGUGCUUUGAUGAAAUUCGGGGAUGCACCUGUCAAAAAACAUAAGCUUAGUGCAUUGAAAGUCCUAGGAAGUGUUGGUGAACCUAUCAAUCCUGAAGCUUGGUUAUGGUACUAUAGAAUGAUUGGCAAAGAGAGGUGUUCAAUUGUUGACACAUUUUGGCAGACUGAAACUGGUGGACAUGUGAUAACUCCACUUCCUGGAUGUACUCCAAUGAAACCUGGAUCAGCGUCCUUGCCAUUCUUUGGAGUUAAACCAAUUUUAUUAGAUGAAAGUGGUAUUGAAAUAACAGGUGAAGGAGAGGGAUACCUUGUAUUUGCAAAACCAUGGCCUGGUAUGAUGAGAAGUCUGUACAAUAACCAUGAACGAUUUGAGGACACGUACUUCUCAAAAUUCCCAGGAUAUUAUUGUACUGGAGAUGGUGCUCGCCGAGAUGCUGACGGUUACCUCUGGAUCACCGGUCGUGUUGACGAUAUGUUGAAUGUUUCCGGCCAUCUUAUGUCAACCGCUGAAGUCGAAUCAGUUCUCACCGGACAUCCACGAGUUUCCGAAGCAGCUGUAGUAUCACGACCACAUCCGGUCAAAGGUGAAUGUCUUUAUUGCUUUAUCACACCCAAUGCAAAUGAAAACUUCGACAAGAAGCUAGUAGAUGAGCUUAAAAAAAUAGUACGUGAAAGUAUUGGUGCAUUUGCCGCACCCGAUAUUGUCCAACAUGCUCCUGGCCUACCAAAAACACGCUCCGGAAAAAUUGUCCGAAGAGUUCUAAGAAAAAUUGCCAUCAACGAUCGUGAUAUUGGAGACACCUCAACACUGGCUGAUGAAGGAAUUGUAGAACAACUUUUCUUGAAUCGGCCCCAAGAGGCAAAGUAAAAAAACAAAAAC